AUGGCUUUGGAUCUGACUGGGGAAGAUCCCAGAAUGUCCUCAGAUGUCGUUCCAAGUAGCCGAAAAGAUGAAGAAGAACAGAAGUAUGAACUAAGAUAUGAAAAGGAGUUUGAUUCCAUAUCCAAUUUAUUCGAAUUGAAGUGUUUGGAUUCCAAACAAGAAGUUAGGAGGUACAACUUCACUGUUUGUAAUAAAAAUGGAGAUGAUUUGAUGAAACAGAUUUGUCAAGGGUAUGUUCAAUGUCCAAUUACUGUUAUAGUUUUAGAUUGUCAUCUGCUGAGCGGACUGAUUUGAUAAGAAGUCUCUUCAAUGAAUAUGUUCGUUCGUCCGGGACUUUAUUUGGGAAAUGUGGACGAGAUUUCAUUGUCUAUAACAACGAAGAGAGCUUUUAUACUCUGAAUCCAUUGAAUAUGACUGGCGACGAUGAAGUUGACAUUCCUGUGAGAUAUUUUUCUUUUUUUUUGAUAGUGUUUAAAAGAGAGUUUUUUACAAAUCGAAGGAUGGCCCGGACAUUUCGAAAAAACGACCGACCCAGAAUCUUUUGAUAUUUUGCAUAGUUGUUGUACCAUGAUAGCUGAACGUCAGCACGAAUUUUUAGUUUCGGAAAUUACCGUAUACGGGGGUUACGGUAGGUACAAUUUUUAGAAAGAUUGGGUUCGUAUGUAAAAACCUUAAGGAGUAAAGGCACAAAACCUCGCCGUUUUACGUUUUUGACCAUGGGGAACAUUUUCAUAAUUGACAACUUUGCCGUAGAAUGUUGCCUUCGACUACUUUGAAAAAUACCAAGGUACCAUAUUGAAUGUAACUUUUUUGCAGAGAACUUGUCUCAACUUUUGAAACCUCUCAAAAAUACGUUGACAUGUAUGGAACAACAUAUCAAAAAUUUAGAAAAAUAAAAGGGGGGGUUUUGGAGUUACGGUACUUUGAAUGUUGCCGGUACGGUAUAUCAAAAAAUUAUUUUUUUCAAAAUCGGUGUAGAAGACCCGCAAAAAUUGCCAAAACACGUUUUCGACCAUGGCGAACAUUUUUGUAAUUGACACUUUUUUUGUAGGAUGUAGCCUUCGCCUACUUCGAAAAUGACCCAGAUACCAUGUGUAAUGUAACUCUUCGGCAUUCUACUUGUCUCAACUUUUGAAACCUCAGAAAAAUACGUUGACAUGUACGGAACAACAUAUCAAAAAUUUAGAAAAAUAAAAGGGGGGGUUUUGGAGUUACGGUACUUUGAAUGUUGCCGGUAUGGUAUAUCAAAAUUUCAUUUUUUCUAAAAUUGGAGUAGGACAACCGCAAACCUUGCCAAUAUACGUUUUCAACCAUGGGGAACAUUUUUGUAAUUGACAGUUUUGUUCUAGGAUGCAGUCUUCGACCGGUUUGAGAAAUGUCAAGAUACCAUGUUCAAUAUAACUUUCCGGCAUUCAACUUGUCUCAACUUUUUAAACCUUUCAAAAACACCUUGACAUAUGUGUAACAACAUAUCAAAAAUUUAGGAAAAUAAAAGGGGGGGGUUUUGGAGUUAUGGCACUUUGAACGUUGGACAUACAGUACACCGAACUUUUUCUGUAAUGCUGACAUCCGAUUUUGAUAGAUUCCACCGUCGUAUGGCACACACGUCUCUAAACCGUGGCAAUUGUUACAAAAAAAUUAAGAAAUCACUGAUCUUACUGUUACAGUAACCAAUUAUCUGCGCACGAUAUGUUACAGUAUGCUUAGGUCUAGUUUUUUUGAAUUUUUUUGUGAAAAUAGUUUGUGAGGGUCGUACAACAUAGAUAAAACAUUACAUUUUGUUUUUAAAAUAAUCUACGUAAAGUUAAGCCGAGAAUAAAUCGAGGUGUACUGUAUGUCCAACAUUCAAAGUGCCAUAACUCCAAAACCCCCCCUUUUAUUUUCCUAAAUUUUUGAUAUGUUGUUACACAUAUCUCAAGGUGUUUUUGAAAGGUUUCAAAAGUUGAGACAAGUUGAAUGCCGGAAAGUUAUAUUGAACAUGGUAUCUUGACAUUUCUCAAACCGGUCGAAGACUGCAUCCUAGAACAAAACUGUCAAUUACAAAAAUGUUCCCCAUGGUUGAAAACGUAUAUUGGCAAGGUUUGCGGUUGUCCUACUCCAAUUUUAGAAAAAAUGAAAUUUUGAUAUACCGUACCGGCAACAUUCAAAGUACCGUAACUCCAAAACCCCCCCUUUUAUUUUCCUAAAUUUUUGAUAUGUUGUUACACAUAUCUCAAGGUGUUUUUGAAAGGUUUCAAAAGUUGAGACAAGUUGAAUGCCGGAAAGUUAUAUUGAACAUGGUAUCUUGACAUUUCUCAAACCGGUCGAAGACUGCAUCCUAGAACAAAACUGUCAAUUACAAAAAUGUUCCCCAUGGUUGAAAACGUAUAUUGGCAAGGUUUGCGGUUGUCCUACUCCAAUUUUAGAAAAAAUGAAAUUUUGAUAUACCGUACCGGCAACAUUCAAAGUACCGUAACUCCAAAACCCCCCCCUUUUAUUUUUCUAAAUUUUUGAUAUGUUGUUCCAUACAUGUCAACGUAUUUUUGAGAGGUUUCAAAAGUUGAGACAAGUUCUCUGCAAAAAAGUUACAUUUAAUAUGGUACCUUGGUAUUUUUCAAAGUAGUCGAAGGCAACAUUCUACGGCAAAGUUGUCAAUUAUGAAAAUGUUCCCCAUGGUCAAAAACGUAAAACGGCGAGGUUUUGUGCCUUUACUCCUUAAGGUUUUUACAUACGAACCCAAUCUUUCUAAAAAUUGUACCUACCGUAACCCCCGUAUACGGUAAUUUCCGAAACUAAAAAUUCGUGCUGACGUUCAGCUAUCAUAGUACAUCAACUAUGCAAAAUAUCAAAAGAUUCUGAGUCGGUCGUUUUUCCGAAAUGUCCGGCCCUUGUUAUGAGAAGCUUCAAUUUGUAAAAAACUCUCUUUUAAGUCCCUAGACUAGCUUUCCCUAAGGUCACUCACAUAACAAGCCGAAUUCGUUUCAGACAGAUUUAUUUCACCACGGACUCCCCUCAUACAGGGUUAUUGUUCGGUCGCUCCUCUAGUCUUUCUUCUCCGUAAUAGAUAGUUAUUCUUUAGGCAUCUUCCCUAACAUCUAAAUUGUUUCAAAAUGACAAAGACGGUGUUAUAUGCAAUUCUCGAUUUGUGCAGACCAUUGAUUCGAAAGUUGAUCAGAGAGAAUACCUAAAAUUCCUGAAUGUUUUGGUGUUGCAGAACUUCUGGGAUACAUGGUGAGUUUGUCUGGACGUAAUUAGCUAUCGUUUUAGCGAUUCGAACAUGCUGAUUAAAGGAAAUGAAGUCCUUUUCUUGCAGUCGGAGCCCUCCAAGAAUCCGAAUAUUUUUAGUUGUCUUUCCGGUUUUCGAUCUGAUGUAAUUCCUAUUGAUGAAGGCCGCUUCUUUCUCCGGUUAUCUCGUAAGAAAACGUUAUGAUGACUGUCUAUUCAUAGCCUUAAUUCAAUACUUCCUUGUGGAGGACACUGUAUUUGGUAUCGUAGCAGCUAUUUCUAAACAUGAUGACUUCGACGAUAAAUUCUUGGAAUGGUUUAGGGACCAUCGAGGUUUCCUGAAUAACAUAUUUGAGGACAAAAACGCCAUCAAUUUUAUUACUGAAGAAAGGAUUAUUAUUAAGGAAAUAUGUAGAAAAUCAGCCGAGGAGUAGGUUUGUCUAAGUUUGAUGAAAAUAUUCAGAGUUAUGCAUGACGAGACAGAUUCCGUUUACGAUUUCUACAAAAGCGAAGGAGUUGUGGUGGAAAAAAGAUUGCCGGUGAUCAGAGAUUGUAAUGGAAAUUAUCAUCCAAUGGACUUUGUUCAGUUAGCCCCGUUUCAAACGUAUAACAAACAACUUGACCAUUUUGUAAAUGUAAGUGUUUUCAUUACCUGUGGACUUUCUUUUUAUCACUUUUAGGUAAAACGAAGAGAAAGAACCGAAUUAAUUAUAUUUGAUCAAGUUGUAGAGAAGACGAUAUUGUUCAAGAAGAGGGUGUUGAGUGAAAUCGGAUAUCUGACAAAGUACAAGGUGAGUGCAAAAAGGUAAAAAAUAAAGAGACCAGUUCAAAAUAACCCAAAGACUGCCGAGAAAAGUGGGAAUCAUGCUGUUCCCGACAAUCAAAAUGGCAACCGAGAUUAUUCACGUUGACCGCAAUGAUCUACAAUUCCAAAUAAAGAGCGAGAAGAUAGAAUUCAUUAAAAAAGGUUACAAACCAGACUUCAAAUGGGCCCUCGUUAAUCUGGAUGGUGGAUUCGACGAGAAACAGAUCAAGUAUGUGUGACAAUGUGGUUAUUUAAUUGUAACUCUUUAGGAUUUUGUCAUCAUUUCUCUUCUUCAAUAACAAGUCGGCAAUCCCGCCGAGGAUAUUGAACUACCAAGUGACCGGUCAACCCUGUGCUUUGGUUGACAGAAUAUUUGAGGAUGUAAAAAAUUAUGACUUCGUUAUGUACUCUGACGGCAGACAGAAGCAACUUAACCAAACAAUGGGCUACUAUGAAUGCCUUAAGGGAAUCCCGGUGCUUGCUGUGGAUCCAAAAUUGGUUAUUAAAAGACCUGAAGCUCAUCGUAAAUGGAAGGUCCCGAUGAAAUUUAUUGUAAAUACGAAGUUAGGCGGCGUCAACUUUAAUUUACAUUAUCCGAAGACCGAAACAUCAGUGGAAUCGAUGGCAAAUCACAAUGAAAUGCAAGUAAUUCUUCUACUGACAUAUCUUAUAACACCGUAUAGAUUCGACUUCAAGAUCAAUCGUAUGUUUAUCGGAAUUGACGUUCGGACCGUGGAUGCAAACCUGCAUGUAAUUUCGGUAGGCUUAUUUCUUCUGUAUACAUAAUUUUCCAGCUGGCCUAUACCAUAAACAACAUAUUCCAACUGAAAGGAACUUAUUGCUACGAAGACUUUAGAACUUCUUCAUGUUUUCAUUUUUUGUUGAAAAAAGCAAUCAACGAAUAUCAAGGAACAAAACACGAAGGAGAAGAUCAAGCUCCUCAUGAAGUUGUGAUUACUGUAAUCGAGGAACUAAAAGUAUGUUUAAAUUUGAGUUAAUGUAACAUCGAUUCUAGGACAGGGUCAGUGAAAUAUUAAAAGACAUUGUCGAUUCCAAAUUCACAUUGAUUUCCGUUGUCUUGGGCAGCAAUUAUAACUUCCUGAAGUACAAGACAUCUGCAGUCGAGAAGGGGACCGUCUUCGAGAAUUUGCCCCAAGGCUGCUUCAUUCAGAUGCCCGAGAAUCCAGCCGAACCAAAGUUCUUCCUUCGGACGGCUAUAGCUGCUGUAGGUGUGAAUAAGAAUUAGAAAACUAUAACUUUACAGAAUAAAAGAGAAGAAGGCAGGAUGCUUCCUUGGGACGAGUACACCAUUGUUAGAUCUGAUGUUGAGGUAGAUCUGAGGGUCAUGGGCUACAUGAUGUUUCAUUUCUGUGCUCUGGACCCAACCGAACUCAAGAUGAUUCGGGUCCCAUUCUUCUUGAAAGCAGCUCAGAGAUAUGCCCUAAAGGGAUAUAACAACUACAAGUGCGCAAGGUAAGCUUGGCGGUCCCAUAAAAGAUAUGUUAAUUUAGAUACUUGAUCUCCAACGGAAUAAUCAGCAGUAAUAGAAACCCUUUCGACCAAGAUCUCGACCCCAGUACCCGCUCCAUGAACCUCACAUAUCUUCUCAAACCCAGGUUAGACACUUAUUUUUGUUGUGACACAAAAAAAGAAUAA